AUGGUCAACUCUCUCAAGAUCGAUCUUGACGUCAUCAUCGACAUUGAUCUCUAUAGAAUCGAGCCAUGGGACAUUGGAGAUAGGUGCAAACUGGGAUACGAAGAACAGAAGGAGUGGUACUUUUUCAGCCACAAGGACAGGAAGUACCCGACCGGCUCGCGGACCAAUCGGGCCACGGCCGCGGGCUUCUGGAAGGCAACGGGCCGGGACAAAGCCGUGCUCUCAAAGGACAAACUCAUAGGGAUGAGAAAGACAUUGGUUUUCUACAGAGGCCGGGCCCCCAACGGGAGAAAAACCGACUGGAUCAUGCACGAAUAUCGGAUUCAAACAUCCGAACACGAACCUCCUCAGGAAGAAGGAUGGGUCGUCUGCCGGGCGUUCAAGAAGCCGACCCCAAACCACAAACAAGGGUUCGAAGCUAAUUGGAAUUACAACAACAUGAGUUCUUAUGCUCGAUUGGAUUUCACACAACCUUCGAGAUUACCGGGCCCCACCACGAGUUCUUUACCAAACAAUAAUUACCUUGACCUCCUCAAUAAUCAAGGCACGACGAGCUUAUUCAAUCCGCUUCGAAAUCCCUUAGUGGAGCUCCCGAACCUCGACAGCCCCUCCAUCAGCUCCAAGGGUUUUACCGCGAACGAGAACAACAUUUUCGAGGAUAGUAGUGUUGGUCGAGAACUACUUGACCAGGGAGAUUUUAGUAAUAAUAAUAAUCAUCAUCAGUAUGUAGGGAAGCAUUGGAAGAGCUUUGACAGGUUGCUUGAGUCUCAAGUAAUCGGGUCGCCGUCGUCUUCGUCAUUUGUCUUGCAGCCAAACACGCCCUUGCUGAUCUCAUCAACCCACAAUGAUGGGCUUGUUGAUCAUGUUGCUGAUGAUGAUCAAACUUAUAUGAGCCAUGUACUUGAAUGUUUUCCAGACUUGUAG